AUGCUGCUGGAUCACCGAAACCUUACCUCCAUUUUGCUUGCUCGCCUGUUGUACAAGGAGAUUGUAGAGAAUAAAGCGAUUGGGGUUAAAGCCAUCCAGCAGAGAGUUCACCUUAAAUAUGAGUAUGUAAUUUCAUAUGGCAAGGCAUGGAGGGCUAAACAGACGGCACUGGAGAACAGAUUCGGGACCUUCCUAGAUGCUUAUGACGGCGUCGUCCGUCACCUCCAGACAUUGAAGGACCGGAAUCCGGGCACCUAUGUGGACAUACAAGAUUUUGGGAUACCAGAGUUCCCUACUGUCAGGGUUCUGCACAUGGUGUUCUUCGCAUUCAACAUAUGCAUCGAGGCUUUCAACCACUAUCGUCUGGUGAUGUGUGUAGAUGGAACUUUUCUGACUGGCAAGUACAUGGGUCAGAUUCUGACAGCCAUUGGCGUGGACGGCAAUAAUCGAAUUGUGCCUCUCGCAUUUGCAUUUGUUGAGAGGAAGAACACUGCUAGCUUGUUAGGGUUCUUCAGGCAGAUAAAAAAAUCAAUUGUGAAAGAUCGCCCAAAUGUGUGCAACCUCCACAACAGGCAUGCAUAUAUACUUGCGGCUAUCAAGACGCUGAAACAAGCAUGA